AUGUGCCAGUUCUCCACCUUGGAACCUUUGGUCGAGCUUGCGCCUCCCAACUUUCUCCUCGUCUUCUGCGGACUGCUUGCCGCUUUGUCAAUCUCUUUUCUGUUUCUGGGUCGUCGACGCUCCACCAAGAUGAUUGGCCAGGCUGAAGUGCGCGCCCGCAACUGGGGCGCAUACGCAAACCUCAAGCGCGACCUCACAAUUGCCGAUCUGAAGCCCAAUGCCACUGCGACGGCAAGCCACGAUGCUGCUUCGAGGCCUGUUACAAGGGCGCCAUUCCAGGGGCUGAAGGAGGGUGGCAGCGUCGCCGUCAACACUCCGCCAUCUUCGUCGUCGUCGUCGGUCUACGAACAGGCGUCGCCGCGCCCAGAUAUCCCGACGACGCAGACCGUCCUCAUGCUGUACCAGCCGCGCACGCGCUACGCCCUUACGCCCAAGCACGAAACGCCCAGUCUGCACUUCGACGACGAGGUGCUGAUCAAGGUGAAAGCGAUUGGCCUGAAUCCAAUCGACUGGAAGGCGCCGGACUUCGGCUUCGGCAUCCCAACACUCCCCUACAUCAGCGGCCGCGACUACGUCGGCACCAUCGUCCACGCGCACCCGUCCUCCCCCCACCAACCACGCUCCACUGCCUCCUCCUCCUCCUCCUCCGCCUCGACAACCUCCUCUUCCGACGACGACAACAACCAACAAGGCCCCCUCUACCUCGCCGUGUCCACCGACUACCGCGACACGCGCAAAGCCGCCUUCCAGGAAUACGCCAUCGCCCACACCCACACCAUCUGCCGCCUGCCGGCCUCUCUGCCCGCCGCAUCCGGCGCCUCGCUCGGCGUGGCCUUCGUCGCCGCGGCGCUGACGCUGGGCAUCUGCUUCGGGAUCGACUUCUCGCGCCCUCCCCCCUCAUCCACCUCCUCCGUCCGCGGCCCCGACUACCUCACCCUCCUCAACUCCAUCCCAGCGUCCCGCAUCCCCGCCGACGUCCUGUCCGAAGCACACGGCAGCAUUGCGAGAGGGGAGCGCGCAGGCUCAGGCGACUGGCUCGCGCUGUGGGGCGGCUCGAGCACGACGGCGCUGUGCGCGCUGCAGCUGGCGCGGUUGGCGGGCCUGCGCGUCGUGGCCGUCGGCGACGCGGCCAAGCACGGCGCGCGGCCGGUCGCGACGUCCGUCGAUCUCUGGGUCGACAGCCACGACCCGCAGCGCGCGGCGGAGGUGGUAAGGGGCGUGACGGGCGGGGCGUGUAGGUUCGGGGUCGAUUUUGUGGGGAGGGAGACGGCGGGGAGGUUGGCGGGGGUGCUUGGUGGUGGUGAGGGUGAGGGUGGGGAGAAAAGGCAGGCGCAUUUGGUGGGGUUGGCGUCGAAUCCGAAGGGGGUGGGGGAGGGGGUUAGGGUGCAUUCGGUGCCGAUUAAGUUGUUUCAUGAGGUGCCCGAGGUGGGGAGGGCGACGAUGGAGUGGUUGGAGAGGUUGUUGGAGGGAGGGUUGCUGACGCCGCCUGAGGUCGUGGUGGAGAAGGGCGGGUUGGCGGGCGUGAAUGCGGCGUUGGAUCGGAUGAGGAGGGGGGAGAUUUCGGGACGCAGAUUGGCUGUUGAGUUGGAUUGA